UGAUUUAUAUCAAAAUCUUCAAAGAUAUCUUGAAAGAUACCUUCAUACUAUUCGCGAGAAUUCAACUCAACAUAUGGAUGAAAAUUUACUGCGAUAUUAUACAAAACACUGGGAAAAAUAUACUACGGCGUCUUCCUACGUACAUCAUGUAUUCAGAUAUCUCAAUCGUCACUGGGUUAAAAGGGAAAUCGACGAGGGUCGUAAAACCGUUUAUGAUGUCUAUACUCUCACUCUUGUCAGUUGGCGAGAUUAUAUGUUCAUGCAUGUAGAACGUCAUGUAAUGGCAGCAGUUCUAAAACUCAUAGAACGUCAAAGAAACGGUGAGAGCGUCGAGACCG